UGCGUAUAGUCUGGUUAUUACAAUACUGAGGAAACCCUCUCAACUUAAUUUCAUACUUUGGAACUGGCUCUAACUCUCCUCGUGGUAGUGCGAAGAAGAGCUUUAUCAAAUGCAGCCUGACAAGCACUGCAACGGUACAAGGAUACGAACGAGGUCAAAUUUUUUUUCAGCACCAUCCCAGCAACAUCUCCGAUCUCUCUCAAACGACAUAAACAGAGGUACCACUCUCUCCACAGCGAGCAUCACUCCUUAUAUAUGGCAGAUCCACCGAAAGCGUCACCGCCCCUGGCUCGCAUGGCUCUAGCAUCUCCACCUCUAGCAUCUCCCCCAGCAGGAAUUGCCGUAAGCAUUCCCACCUUGGGCAUCCCCGCCCUUGGCCUCGCUUUCAGCAUGGGCCUCGAUGUCGUACGUGCCAUGAGUUCCGGCAUCAUCAUCCCGAGAGUCUUCAUGCUGGGCACCUCUCCCGAAAGCACUCCCACCCGCAGCAUUCCCGCCGCGCGCUCCAGCACCGCUGGCAUCACCACCGCGAGCAUCUCCACCCCGAACGGAGAAUCGAUUGCCAAUCGCGACGCCGGCCUUGCCAAUUCGCGAGUCUGGAAACUGCCAGGCGCAAAACGAGAUGGCAACGCCGACCAGGGCGAGUACGCCGGAUGGCACGCCGAUGGCGAUGCCAAUGAUGUCCGAGGUGGCGAGGCCUCCCAUUCCUACCGAGGUUUGGCGGGGCGUCUGGAGAAGCGGGGACGUGGGGAAGUGGAUUGAUUGAUUGCCUUAGUGCUCGAUUAGAGAAAGAGGUUAGGUCGUGCUUGUUUGGCUGCCAAGGGUUGAACUGCUACAUACUACUGUUUGUAUGACGGCUCACGCGAAUUUGCUCCAUCUCUGGCGCAACCGCCGCCUCACAGGCUCAGCGCUGCCACUGCCGCCCUGGCCGCCUUGUCCGCCUGUCCCUCCAUUUCCACCGGU